GAUACAUAAAUUCUCGUGAUUUGAUUCCUUACUGCAAAUACAGAAAAUUGAAGAGCCAUUAAUGAUAGGAGCAGGAAUGGGGCGAUUCGGUGCAUGCGACGACAACAAGGGGAAUAUAGCUCGAUAGUGGUUACAGUAAAAUUCAUUCUCACGUUGGAAGACUCAGGAGAAUACCCUGCCCUCGCGAACUAACACAAUUUCAAGAGUGAUCGAAUUUGAUUAUUUCACUUUCCAGGAAGCGAGAUUCCUCCUAAGGCAAACAAUUACAGAGAGCAAGAUGAGUCUGAGUAAGGUGUUAGAGUCUAUUCAUAACAACCAUCUUGAGUUCAUCCGUAUGGAAGUCUCUGAUGUAUAUGGCAUUGCUCGAUCCCGGACUGUCCCGGCGCGCCAUUUUGAAAGAACAUGCAAGUCUGGGCUCUUCAUGCCGAUGGCCACCUAUUCCUUCAAUGGGGCAGGAACUGACGCAGAUGAAUACGGCUGCGGGUUGUGUCGAGAAGUUGGGUAUGGAGAUGUGAAGCUGUUUCCAGACUUAGGGACCUUUCAAGUAUUACCAUGGUGUGAGAAUACUGGUCGAGUUCUGAUGAAUGCGGAGCGCGAUGGGAACCCCAUGAUGGUGUGUCCUCGACGAAUUGCAGAUAUCCAACUGCAGAAGUUGGAGGAAAUGGGAUACUCUCUCUUUUCGGCUCACGAAUAUGAGUUUCAUGUGGUGGAUGCUGAGACGCGUGAGCCUCUCUUGAAGGAUGGCAAUCUCUUGUCGACUCUGAGGACAUACACUGAUACCAAGCUUCUUCAUCAGUUGAUGAGAGAUCUGCCAAAAGUUGGAGUAGACAUCGAAAGUGCUGAAGGUGAAGGCGGGGUUGGCCAAUAUGAAAUCACAUACCGUCCAGAGUUUGGACUACGAUCCGCUGAUAACGCACACACAUACAAGAUAUCAGUGAAAGAGAUUGCUAGGCAACACGGCUACAUGGCAUCCUUCAUGUCCAAACCUUGGCCGAAUCGAAGCGGUUGUUCGUCUCACUUCUGUCACUCUCUCUGGGAUGCAAAGACCAAAGAACCUCUGGUUUAUGAGAAGGACAGCCCUUGUGGGAUGUCCACAGUCGCUCAGCACUGGGUGGCGGGACUACUAGAGCAUGCACCUUCUCUUACAAUCCUUGCCUCACCGACAGUCAACUGUCUAAGUCGUCUUAAACCAAACACAUUCGCGCCUAUCAACGCGACCUGGGGUAUUGACAACCGUACCACUGCUAUACGAAUCAAGAUUAAUGGACAGAAGGGUACCUACAUCGAAAAUCGAAUCGGUGCCAGUGGGAGCAAUCCUUAUCUUCUUUUGGCAGGUACUGUCAUAGCAGGAAUGGACGGCAUCAAACGGAAACUACCCCUUCCUCCAGAAUUGUCAGGAAGCUCGUAUGAGAACGGUGAUCAUCCAGCGGGUCAAGAACUCCCAAAUAACAUGGAGAAGGCUAUUGAGGCGCUCAAAGCAGAUACAGUGAUGGUUGAAGCACUCGGACCUGACUUCAUAAAAUGUUUCUUGGCAAUGAAGAAGAAAGAACUUGUGGAAUCCCAACAAGCUGCCACUAACAAGGACCAAGAAUGGGAAAUGAAGAUGUUCUUUGAAUAUCUUUGAAAAGGUAAUUAACCAUUAGAACUUCCAUAAUCGUCGGGUAUAUAGGUUCAAAGAAAAAAGUAUUCCCCCAAAUCCAAAAUGAUACUAAUGUAAGGUGGUCAUCGUGGAAUAUCGUUUUGUUGACUGCACAAGUGAUGUAUGACUUCUUUAAAAGAACAUGUAUUUAUCAUGAUGUAUUAAAUUUUAGCUUGACAAUGAAUCACAUUGAUUAUCAGUCAUUUUUAUCAAGUUUAAUUUGAUAAUGAGGUAAUGAUUUUACAUUAUAAGAGAUCAAAGCUGUUUUACUCGACCCUUUACUGAAAUGCGAUUAAAAAUUAGUCUUCUCUAAUAGGGUUUUAUGAUACAUUUUCAUCGAUGUCAAAACAGUCCAAGAUCUAUCAUUCGGUAUGUAGAUCAAGAAUAUUGUUUUGAGUGGCUUUCCUAACAUUGCACAUUCCAUACAUUUUUUUUAUUACCUCAAAUACGAAUGUCUUGUAGACAGUAGUUAUUAAGAUGACCUUGUUAAAUAAAUUUUGUAAUUGUGUUCCGGGGUUGCCACAGAGUCAAGCUAAGCUUAUAGUUGCAACCCCUGCAACCUUUUUAAAGAUCUUUGCUAUAGAAAUGUUUUUAAUAUUUUGUGAUAUCUUAUGUAUUUUCUUUGUUACUUUGUAUGAUUUAUGAAAGUUGCAGAAACAAUAAAUUAAAAAAAUGAAUGAAAAUGAAAAAGUAUCCGAAACAGAAUUUGCUUGCAGUGAUCAUGGUACCUAAUCCAUGUUGAUUGUGUUGAUCCACAUAAUCUUGAGAAAAAAAUCAAUCUUGUUUGAAAGAAUUUGAUCUUGAUGCCUCAGAAGCACCGGUGCCAUAGCCAUUUGGUAAUUUCUCUUCAACGCUCACUCUAAUAAUGACUUGUGACUGAUGUAGUUCGCAAGAAUAUGCGUAAGAGAAUCGUUAUUAUUUGAUUGUUGGUACUAUUCUUUAUGCUCGUGAUUGAUUGUUUAUGUUGCGGAUUCUUUAAAUUAAUUGAUUAAUUGUUUACCAUUGAUUGAUUUGAUUCGUAUAGAUUGAUUGUUGAUUUGAUUGAAAGUAUUUGCUUGAUUUACACGUCGUUGAACAUGGUUUUCAUUUUAUUGUUAUUGUUUAUACGUUGUUGAUUGAGUUUGAUUGCACUGAUUGUUCUACUACGUUAAAUGAUUGACUGUUAAUAAUUCAUGGUUUUAUAAACAUGUUAUUGGUUGAAUGAGCAAAGUUAUAAAGCCACUUUUAGUUUGUCCCUCCCCAACCCCAAUCAAACUAUCCCGGCACUCCCCUAACCCUCGCGGAGAACGAGAUUCAUGUCUUUUCAGUGAUAUUUACCAACGAUGCUAUUGAAAUCUGGGAAAAUCUAAAAUCAUUUGCUUAAAAUGUUUAUGUAAUUACAUGAUGAUUCAGUGCUUAAAUUACACCCAGAGACGGUUUACAGCCUUGUGAAUAAUUCUUGGGAUGCAUGUACUUUUUUGUUGGUUCAAUAUUAUAUUUGGACCUUCGCAAUUUGGAGGGAAAAUUUUCUUAAGGAGAAAAUGUAUAGUCUGCGACUAUUUCGCAAAUUAAAAAAUAACAAUAUGGUGAUCUUUAUCUCUUACCAUACGGAAUUUCAUGAAGAAUGAUGUUUGCUUAUCGUGUUUUAUGUUUUAUGACAAUGUUUCUUGUAUAGUGCAACGUAGAAUUGACUUUUAUACAUUAUAUCUCAGUCUUGAUUGUGAACAGCGUAUAGUAGAAUUCUUUCAGUCAAAUUUAAUACAAAGCUUUGCGUAUUUUACAAUUACUCUGAUUGUGUAUUAAUUUACGCACAGAUGUGACGAAACAACAGGCCUAUUUUGUGAGUUUAGACAUUCUCGAUAGUUGAAUUUAUCAAAGAUUGUUUACGUAAUGUUAAUAUGAAUGAAAUUUAUUUUGUAUAAUUAUUUUUUCGCAUAAUAAAAACCUAUAAGGUAGAAUGUCUCUGUAAUGAUGGGUUAUAUUAUCAUUAACUAUAAUAAUGUGCCGGUUACAAAAAUGCUUGUGGAUUUUAUAUUGAAUUAUAUAUUAAUGAUAUCAUUUGAUAUAUAUUUUGUAUAUUUAUACUUGAUAUACUGUAUUAAAUCGAAGUGAAAAGUC